UUUUCUUGCGCCAAAAACUGAGUAAGAAAAUCUUUCCAACGAAAUGAGAAUUCAGUCUGGAUGAGAAUCACAACAAAGACAAUAUGACGACUUUGGAAAAACUGGGUAUUUCAGGUAUUCGAAGUUUUGCUCCAAGAGAGGAACAGGCUAUCCGUUUUAAGAAACCACUAACUAUCAUACUUGGCCAUAAUGGUGCCGGAAAAACUACUAUAAUCGAGUGCAUCAAAGUGGCUUGUACUGGGGACUUGCCUCCUUUCGUGGAUAAAGGAGGUGCAUUUAUUCAUGACCCUCGAAUACAGUCAGAUACUGAAACAAAAGGAAAGAUAAGGAUGCAGUUUACUGACUUGGCUGGAAGGAAAAUUAUUGUCAACAGACAGUUUCAACUGACCAAUAAGGUGACUACAAAGAAACAGGAGUUCAAAUCAGUCGAACAAAGUGUGCAAAUCGUUGAUGGCAAAGAAAAACUUACUCUUUCUCAGAGACACGCUGACGUAAAUGAAAUAGUUCCCGAGUUGAUGGGAGUUACCAAGGCAGUGUUAGAACACGUGGUAUUUGUCCACCAGGAAGAAAGCACCUGGCCGUUAUCAGAUGCUAGACAUUUGAAGGAAAAGUUUGAUGAAAUCUUCGCUGCAACUAGGUAUACAAAGGCACUGGACGCUAUCAGGAAAUUUAAAAGGGAGAAGACAGCACAGCUGAAACAAAAGGCAACUGAGUUGGAUUUAUGUAAGGAGAAGGUUGCUCAAGCAGAGAAGUUACAGAAUGAAUACGUACAGUUGGAGAGCCAAGAAAAUGAAGUCGAGAAUAGUAUCGCAAAACUAAGAGAAGAGCUACAAACAAUGGAAAGUGAAAAAAACGAACUGUUUGAGAAGACACAGAAAUGGAAUUCACUACGAAGUGAAGUAGAAAACCUGAGAGCAGGAAGGCAGUCGUAUAUUUCUACUUUAAAGGACAUUUAUGCUUCCAUGGAUGAGGAAUUUGAAGAAACGGAUGAAGAGUUGGGACAAUUUGAAGUGGAAAUAAAAGAGCAGAUUCAGUCGUUUCAACAAACAAAGGAAAUGAGAGAAAGUAAUGUUGCAGAAUAUCAAUCGAAACUGGAAAGCCAUACGCAACGUCUGUCUAUAUUGCAUAUAGAGAAAGGUCAUUGGAAAGCGUCUCGAAAUCUGUUUGAACGAAAACAAUCAGAUUAUAGGCAAUUAGAACAGACGAUAUGCGGCAAGUUGAUGGAACAAAAAGCCGUGGAAUUGAAUUAUGAAAAGAUAGAAGAAACGUUGGACAGAGUGAUAGAGCACUGGGAAGCCAUAAUGAGAGAAAAGCUGGAGGAAUUGCGUGAAAGAGAAUCUGUGCUCCGUAAACAGUGUGACGAAAAAGAAUCAGAGGCUCAGAAGAUGCACGUGCAGUGGAGUGUCCUCGAACAUUCAUUGAAAGAAAUGAGAACGAAGCUUGAAGCGGAAGGCUUGUCUAGUGAUCAAGACGUCAACAUUCAUUCGGUACAACAACAAUUGGAAAACGUGGUCAAUACGUUGGAAUCAAAGCAACAUAGUUUAGAACAGCUGAGGGCAAAUGAUGAGUGGUCAAAAUUAAGGAGUGAAAGAGAGGAAUUGACAAAUCAGGUUGCAAAGUGGAGAAAACGGUUUUCUGAUUUAUGUGAAGAAAGGACUGCUUCCAAGAGUGACGAAGAAGUCGCAGGUCGUUAUAUGUUAUUGAUAAGCCAGCGUGACGAUCUGCAUUCUCGAAUAGCAAAACUUGAAGACGAGAUCAAGAAAUGUGCAGCAGUUUCCGACAUUUCUGAAGUUAAAGCUAUGAGUGAUGGAACAAUUCUUGAUCAGUUGGACGUAAUACUGGACUUGCAGCGCAAGUUAGAACAAGAUGAACGAGAAAAGAUAUCCUUGGUUUCGAAAGCGGAAAGUAGCAUUGAGUCAUUGACCAAAGAUUUAUCGGAGAGCAGUAAAAGAAUUCAAGAGUUGGAAGACAAGAUGGAACAUUUAAAAGCUAUCGUAGGAACAGAAUUUGUCGGUGAAAACUGUCUCGAAGUGUUUGAAAAGAUAUUGGACGAAGCCGAAGAGAAGGUACGAGAGACCAGAGAAACUCAAAAACAGUUUGAGGGAGCAGAGGAGUUUUGGAAGCAGUUAUUGGCUCGAGCAACAAGAAAAAAAUGUUGUCCAACAUGUGAUCGCACUUUUUCUACUGAAGAGGAUUUUUCACUUUUGAUUGAAAAGUUGCAGUCGAGAGCAGAGAAGGUACAUCAAGGGAAUGUUUAUUCAAGUAUUGUUCAAGCAAGGAAGAAUGCAGAGGAAGAGCUUGAACAACUUCAUAAAAAGCAAUCAUCUUUGAAUGAGUUGGAAGUGCUUCGAAACACGUGGAAGAAUGAAAUGGAAACCAAGACGAAGAAGCAGGAAGAAUAUAAAGAGUGGGAAGAAAAGAAGGAAAUUGGGAGCAAAGAUUUGCUACUAUCUAAGAAAAAUAAGGAUAGUUUGUCAGAAAUUUAUUCCUUUUUGCAAAAGAGACAGUCUUUAGUGGAUGAUUUGAAGUCGAUCAAUACUGAACUCAAUCAGAUGAAUGCGAAUGCAAAAAGUCAAGAAAUAUCGACGCGUUCUCGUCAUUUGAUCGAUGAAGAGUUGAGCAUCUGUAAUCAUGAACUGGAAGAUUGUAAUAAGAGGUUAUUGCAUGUGGAACAAGAAUUAGAAAAGUAUGGAUGUCAAUACAAUGAAUUGGAAGAACAGAUAAAAAAAGAACAAGGAAAGAGAGAGGAAUUACAAGAAAAGGCGAAACUAUUGCAACUUCGAGAGGAAGAUUUGUGUGAAUUACGUGAGCAGAUUUCUAAGACGGAAAGCCAGGUAAAGGAACAAUGGCAACUGGUUGAGAAUGCAGAUAAGGAGUUGAAAGAACUGAAAUCAUCUCUAGAAACUUGUAAAGAUCAACUUGUUCAAUGGAAGGAAACUUGUUCUGCUGAAAUAAAUUGGGCGCGUGACAGUAAAAAAGCACUUGAAGUUUUGAGUGAAGAAAUGAACAGACUAUACGGCAACUGCAGUGAUGACCUUUUGCAACGACUAGAGAGGGAAGAGGAAACUUUGCAUCAAGAAAUACAAAAGUGUAAGAAGGAAAUAUCUGAGUUGGAAGAAAGUACCCAGAAGAGUACCUCGAAGAUAUACGAGUUGAAUUCCACUUUGAAGAAUAUCGAAGCCAAUAGAAACUUUCGAAAAACAAAAGCAAUCAUCAAUGACAUGGAAAAGAAAAUGAACCAGUUGCAACGCGAGAUGACAGAAUUGCAACAAGGCACAGACUUGGUUGCGGCUUUAAACGACAAAGAUCGCGGUAUUCAAAUACGUCGCGAUAAAUCAAGUUCGCUAGCAGGUAAAAAAGAGAUGAUAGACGACAGAAUGAAAGAACUUAAGAAAGAAAUUCACAAGGCCCAGUCGACGAGAAGUAAUGAAAUGUAUCGAGAAAAACUGGUCGAACUGAAAACUCUCGAUUUGAGUCUUAAAGAUUUGGAACAGUAUCACAAUGCGCUAGAUCGUUCAUUGAUGACAUUUCAUACGCUCAAAAUGAAAGAGAUCAACAAAGUUGUCAAAGAGCUAUGGCAAGCAACUUAUCGAGGAAAGGAUAUUGACUACAUUGAAAUUGUUUCUGACUCGGAAAUGGAUCAAAGUGGAAGCAAACGGUCCUAUAAUUACCGAGUUUUGAUGCACCGUGGAGACGCUUCUUUAGAGAUGCGAGGAAGAUGCUCUGCCGGUCAAAAGAUUUUAGCAUCAUUGGUCAUUCGUUUAGCAUUAGCAGAAAGUUUCUGUUUAGAAUGUGGUAUAUUGGCAUUGGAUGAGCCUACUACCAACUUAGACAAAGAAAAUAUUGAAAGUUUGGCCAAUGCUCUGUCUGAUAUCAUAAGAGCUAGACGAAUUCAGGAAAAUUUCCAAUUGAUUCUGAUCACUCAUGACGAACAUUUCAUUGAGCUUCUGGGUUCGAGAGAAGUAACAGACACUUACUAUCUGGUGGAACGAGAUGAAGAUGGAUUCUCGCAUAUACGGCUACAAGACCUCAAUGUCUUGGGAUAAAUAUACAACUCUUCAUUGCUUUUUGAAGCUAUCAGCUUGUUUAGGAUAGUGUAGCAAACACUUCAAAGGCAUAUUCGAACGCCCAAAGAGUCCCUUUACUCUUAUCCAAUAGGUGGACUUGAGGCAAUCUUAUCAAACCUUGUUUUGUGACGGUUACAUCGGUUCGAAUAGUACUGCAUUCCUGUUUAGGUAUGCGACCCACAGCUAUUGUACUCUUUGGAAAUUGGACUUGUAGGGGAGUUGAAUCAUUCAUAAUUGUAUAAUCUUUAUCUCCUUCUUUUGUUCCAAAUGUAACGGCAGCACUCGUUUUGCUUUCAUCCAAAUAUUUCUCUUGUAACAAUAAAAGACCUUGUAAAAUAUCCUCUUGCGACUUGUUGGUGAUCGUAAUUUCUAGUGAAAACGCUUGGUUCACCACAACUUUAUGAGGUCC